GUUAACGUAGAUUUAGUGUUUACAGAAAUUUGCAGUCGCCAUACCGUAAAGCUGACGUGAACAACUUGUUCCUUUAAAAAAUUUGUUUUAAAAUCAAGUAAAAUCGCGCGCUGUUUUCUUCCAUAGCAUAACAAACAGCUGUUUUAUUUUUUGACAGUAUUAAUAUUGUACAAAAAUAAUGUCAUUCUUUAUAAUAUAUUCAGUAUUAAAUACUUACAUCAUAAUUACAAUGGCGCAAUCGCCUGCAGAUAGUAAAGAUAAUAUAAAUGAAGAUUUGUCUACAUCUUGUAAUGAUUUCACAAGAGAUUUUUAUAAGGAGUUAUCUUCUACCAGUGUAGGAAAUAUAAUUAAUUCACCAUUAAGUAUACAUAUGAUAUUGUCUCAUCUUUCUCAUGGCGCAGAAUCUACAACCUUAAAUGAAUUGACUAAGAGUCUUUGUCACUAUAAUAAAGAUUUGAUACAAGAAGGGUAUAAAUCUUUAAUAAUUCAGUUAAAUGACUUGGGAAAUAUUAAAUUGUACAUUGCAAACUCAAUGUACGUUCAAGAUGGAUUUGAAUUACUGGAGGAAUUUUUAACAAUAGGAAAGGAAUUUUAUCAAUCUGAGAUUUCAAAAAUAGAUUUUAGAAAUAAUGUUGACGCUGCUGAGAAAAUUAAUAGUUGGGUUAAAAAGAAAACGAAUAGUAAAAUAUCUGAUCUUGUAUCUUCAGAUGAUUUUGCUGAGGAUACAAAAUUAGUAUUAAUAAAUGCAAUCUAUUUUAAUGGUAGUUGGCUUAAAACAUUUGAUACAAAGAAUACAAAGGAUAAAAUAUUUCAUGUGACAAGAACUCAAACAAGGCUUAUACCAACAAUGUUCAAUAAGUCUCAAUACAGUAAUGGUAACAUACCAACAUUGCAAGCAAAAUUUAUUGAAGUUCCAUAUAUGAAUACAGACAUAGUAAUGAUAAUAAUAUUACCAAAUGAAAUAGAUGGGCUUUCAAAUUUGCAAACUAAUUUUUCAUGGGAAAUACUUGCAAAUGCACCUCGAUCAUACAGUGAAAUUGAGUUAUAUCUUCCAAAAUUCAAAAUUGAAUUUACAGUAGACUUGAAAAAUAUAUUAAAUAAGCUUGGGUUAAGCACAAUGUUCAAACCUAGUGCAAAUUUCAGUCGUAUUUCCAGUACGCCACUUAUAGUUGAUAAAAUUUUGCAUAAAGCAAUUAUAGAAGUUAAUGAAGCAGGUACUGAAGCCGCGGCUGCAACAGUUGUUCAGAUGAGACUUCGACGUAUGGCACAUUUCAAGGAACCAGAACAAUUUAUAGUCGAUCGGCCUUUCAUGUUUAUAAUUGAAUAUAAACCGAAAAACAUACCUCUUUUUAUCGGAAAUAUACGAGAUAUACAAAUUGCUCCCCAAAAAGAUGAAUUAUAAAUUCUUUCUACAUCAAUAAAGAAUAUAACACUGGA